AGACUCCGCAGAGGCGUGUUGCUGUGCUGCACAGGUACACUGCAUUGAUUUGAAUUGAACGUUCACUUGCCCCCGUACGUGCGGAGCUGCUUGUCUGGCUGGGCGCCACAGUCAGCAUGGUGGUGCUGGACCGAGCAGCGGUGGAGGCAGCAGAUGUUGACGGCCAGCCAUGGGGUGGUGCGCUGAAGCUGGCGCUGCCGAACCGUGGCCUGUCAGACGUGGGCGUGCUGGGGCAGUGCCACCUGCUGCAGCGCCUCGACCUGGCGCACAACAGCAUCGCCAGCGUGCAGGCGUUAAGCAGCUGUGCAGCCCUACGCUGGCUCAACCUGACCCACAACUCACUGACCAGCCUUGAUGGUCUGCAGAGCCUGACCUCCUUGAAUGUGCUGAACGUGAGCCACAACACCCUCUCCAGCCUCGACGCUGUCACCAGCCUCCACUCCUUGAACGCCCUCAUCGCCAGCGACAAUGAGCUCAGCAGCCUGCCGUCGCUGGCCCACCUCAGCCGCCUCAAUACGUUAGUGGUGUCGUCCAACCUGCUGCCGUCGUUGGGCACCGCGCUUGCCGCAUGCUCGUCCCUGCUCAAGCUGUCCCUCUCCCACAAUGACGUCACCUCUCUCAAGGGCGCACUCCGCGGCUGCCCCGCCCUGCAGGAACUCCGCUUCGCACACAACUCCGCCAAGGCGCUCCCCUCCGACCUGGCUGCGCUGAGCUCCCUGCGCAUCGUGGACGCGGGCCACAACGCGGUCAGCAAGUGGCGCGGAGUGGCGCUGCUGGCGGAGCUGCCCCGGCUGCGCCAGCUCAACCUGAUGGGCAACCCGCUCACCGCGCACCCAGACUACCGCACCAAGGUCCUGGAGUUGGCCCCCGGUGUGAGCGUGCUCGAUGGCCGCAGGGUGGACCGCGAUUACGUGCAGCCGCAGGGUGAGGCGCAGCCAGACACUGGGGCGGGCGGAAUGGGGGACGGGGGAGAAGACGAGCGGACGGAACAUAAGGGGCGGCCUGCGGGCGGACAGGGAGAUGGGACACCGCAAGAGCGUACAGCCGAAAGAAGAAGAGGUUAUGAAGAAAGCGGCAAGGGCAGCGAAGCAAGUGGCGGGGGUGCGGGGACGGCGAGCAACCACGAGCGAGACACCGGCCUACGAGAGGGCCGAAGCGCAAAGGAAGCGGGGGGGGCGCGGCCAAAUGGAAAACGGAAACGAGGGCCUCGCGGAGACGAGGUAGAGCCAGUGCGGUUGGCAGACGGCGACCCCACGCCGGUGAGCGGUGAAAAGGCAGGGGCGGCAGACAAGGGCGGGGCAAAGGGAGGGCCGGCGAGGCAGGGCGGGGAGGGCACGGAGAGGCGGCAGAAGAAGCGGAAAGCGGAAGGCAAGCUGUCCGCAAAGGAGACGGGCGUGGUGAAGGUCGUGCUGCACGCGGAGAAGAGCGUCGGGAAAGGACAGGGCAAGAAGCCGGCACGCGCGCCGCUCUUGCCUGCUGCACAGCCGCUAGGGGCGGCCCUCGACGUGGGGCUGGGCGGCGGGGGGCCGUCGUCAUGGGGGUGACGCGCGGCAGCCGGGGGCACGAGCAGGCCGUUAUUAGCACAGGCGGCCGACUGCCGCGACGUGCCGGCAGUGGGCUGCGGAGGCCCUGCGUGGCCCGCCGCACGCAUUUAAUAGAGGAGCUGGGAGCCAGAUGCAAGCACGCCUCGCUCCAAGCGUCGUUUGCGCAUACCAGGGCCAGCUCAGAAGACGGUGGCCAAGGAGUGCAUUUUGGAAAAAAACGCGGCUCUCGCUUGAACAGUGGUCAAUUCGGCUGUCAGGCGCUUGGGAGAUGGAUUGCCGGAGCAAGUGAGCCGACUCGUUGUUUCAGUCAUACAAAAAACUGCUCCUCCAGAUUUCAAGCGGUCUUCCUUUGCGAACGAUGUGCCGUCAUGCUGUGCUGCCAACUGCUGAAGAAUUUC